CCCAAAAAUGACAUCCAGACUGCGAGGGAGCUGAGGAGAGAAGGGGUCAAGUCUUCCAGCUCACGGAGAGCGAUUGCAGCGACCUCGAAUCAAAUUAUAUAUUUUUUUCCGGAGGUGUUUAGUUUUAUCACUCUAUUACAACGUUUUAAUUUCGGAUAUGAAGCCCGGUACGAAUAGCACCUCAGCAAAUUUACCGUGAAUGCAUCACUGACUACUACAACAGCGUUUGGAGAAGAAGAGAGAAAGAAAGAAGAGACUGUACAGCGCAGGAAAAAAUCCCUUGUUUGAACUCUCUCAUUAGUUCUAACAGAUACGCUGAGCUCACAGAAGGCAUUGCAAUGUGUGACUUAUUGCCAGCUUCGCAGCCUGUCGAGAAAAUUGGCAAAAUGAAGAAGUUGCGAAGAACUUUGUCCGAGAGUUUCAGUCGGAUUGCCUUGAAGAAAGAGGACAGUGGCUUUGAUGAGAUAUGUGUCACAAAGAUGUCCACACGCAGCUGCCAGGGUCCGGACUCGGUGAUCAAGCCCCUGGACACCAUCCCUGAGGACCGCAAGGUGCGUGUGCAGCGGACGCAAAGCGGUUUCGAGCCUUUCGAGAAGCCGGCCAGCCAGGUGAAGCGCGUCCACUCGGAGAACAAUGCCUGCAUCAACGCCAAGAGCUCCUCGGCCGGAAAGGAGUCACCCAAGCUGCGCCGGCACUCAAGCCCUAGCUCGCCCACCAGCCCUAAGUUUGGAAAGGCCGACUCAUACGAGAAGCUGGAGAAACUGGGGGAAGGCUCAUAUGCCACUGUGUACAAGGGAAAGAGCAAGGUGAAUGGGAAGCUGGUGGCGCUGAAAGUCAUCCGUCUUCAGGAGGAGGAGGGCACCCCGUUCACAGCCAUCAGAGAAGCAUCUCUCCUGAAGGGCCUGAAGCACUCCAACAUUGUGCUGCUCCACGACAUCAUCCACACCAAGGAAACUCUGACGCUGGUCUUUGAGUAUGUGCAUACAGAUCUGUGUCAGUACAUGGAUAAGCACCCAGGUGGUCUUCACCCCGACAAUGUGAGGCUGUUCCUGUUCCAGCUGCUGCGGGGGCUGUCCUACAUCCACCAGCGCUACAUCCUGCACCGCGACCUCAAGCCACAGAACCUGCUCAUCAGCGACACGGGAGAGCUCAAGCUGGCCGACUUUGGUCUGGCACGGGCGAAGUCUGUCCCCAGCCACACGUACUCCAACGAGGUGGUGACCCUGUGGUAUCGACCCCCAGACGUCCUGCUGGGCUCCACAGACUACUCCACCUGCCUGGACAUGUGGGGCGUCGGGUGCAUCUUUGUGGAGAUGAUCCAGGGCGUGGCGGCGUUCCCGGGCAUGAAGGACAUUCAGGACCAGCUGGAGAGGAUAUUCCUGCUCUUCACAGAUCGCUUCACGGUCUACAGUCCCAAGAAACUCAGACAAGCCUGGAACAAGCUGGGCUACGUAGACCACGCUGAAGAGCUGGCUUCCAGGUUUCUUCAGUGCUCUCCAAAGCAACGGAUUUCAGCGCAGACAGCCCUCAACCACGAGUACUUUAGCCAGCUGCCCCCACGGCUCUGGGAACUGACCGACAUGUGUUCUAUCUUCACCGUGGCGACGGUGAAGCUGCAGCCGGAGGCGGGCGACAGCAUCCAGGUGUGCGGGAGGACCUCCAGCCAGAGCAAAGUCUCCUCGGGCGCCAAGCACUGACCGCCAGCUCUCCUCACCACCCCACCCCACCCCCGCACCGCCGGAGGUGGAGGCUGAGAACAGACUGAAGGAGAGGAAAGGAGGGUCAGCAAGAAGAGGAGACCAAAAUGACCUCUCACCUAUCUCUUAAGUUAUUUUGUCCAAAAGUGUUACCUUUCUAAGAGGUGUUCUAAGUGUGUGUGUGUGUGUGUGUGUGUGUGUGAGAGAGAGAGAGAGAGAGAGAGAGAGAAAAUGUAUGUCUGAGUUUUUUUAGAAAUUAGUGUAUGAGAGUAAACAUGUUCUUUACACAAGUUUGUAGAACAUCAGAUUUGAGUUUUUCGUCAAUAACUUUUUAAUUCUUUGUUUACUUUGGAAUGUUAUAAAUAUAUAUUCACAUUUUGCUGAUGUGUAAAGGGCAGCAUUUAAACAAAACAAAAAAAAACACCUGUUAACAUCCAGAGGAUUCUGACGCAUACUGCUUGUGUAUGUAUCUACCUAUGUAUGAAUGUAUGUUAGUAUGUAUGAUAGACAUGUACAGAACAACAACAAUAAUGUCUUGGCUCUAAUACUUAAGGGCCAUUCACACCAAGAACGAUAACAAUAACUAUAACCAUAACAAUAAAAGCUUUCACACUGAACAACGAUAAACAAAGUC